AUGCAAUAUUCCCUGCCGGUUCGAGGCAUGUGGCCAUCAAUCAUACUCGCGUUUUGCUCGCUAUCCGCUGUCAAGGCAGACUGCGAUCUUCCGUCGACCUACAGCUGGACAUCCACAGACGCCCUGGCAGAGCCCAAGUCUGGCUGGGCUUCCCUCAAAGACUUCACCAAUGUUGUCUACAACGACCAGCAUCUCGUAUAUGCAUCAUUUGCUGAUGCAUCCGGGAACUAUGGCUCUAUGAACUUUGGCCUGUUCUCUGACUGGUCCCAGAUGACUUCUGCAAGUCAAAAUAAGAUGAUGAACUCUGCUGUUGCACCUACGCUUUUCUACUUUAAGCCGAAAGACACUUGGAUUUUGGCCUACCAGUGGGGAUCAACUUCGUUCUCUUACCGAACCUCAUCAAAUCCCUCUGAUGUAAAUGGAUGGUCGUCAGAAAAAGAGCUAUUCUCCGGCAAAAUUUCGGACUCCGACACUGGUGUUAUCGAUCAAACCCUAAUUGGAGAUGAUUCCAAUAUGUAUCUUUUCUUUGCUGGGGACAAUGGCAAGAUUUACCGGGCCAGCACACCUAUCGACAAUUUCCCGGGCUCCUUUGGCUCAACUUCGGAGAUUAUCUUGAGCGAUACCUCAAACAAGCUAUUCGAGGCUGUGCAGGUAUACACAAUUCAAGGUCAGAAGAAGUAUCUCAUGAUCGUUGAGGCGAUUGGGUCUAAUGGACGGUACUUCCGCUCUUUCACGGCUGAUAGCUUGGAUGGAUCUUGGACUGUACAAGCAGGGGAUGAGAGCCAACCGUUUGCCGGUAAAGCUAACAGUGGGGCGACUUGGACAAAUGAUAUCAGUCAUGGUGAUCUUGUUCGAAGCAAUCCUGACCAAACAAUGACUGUCGACCCCUGCAACAUGCAGCUCCUGUAUCAAGGACGAGACCCGAAUGGCAGCAAUGACUACAAUGCACUCCCUUAUCGACCUGGAGUUCUGACAUUGAAGUUAUAA